AAAUUACAUGCAGUUGGAUAACUAGUGAGCCCAAUUUACCCAAAUGUGGCCCCUCAGUGUGGGUGGCUAGAGCAUCUUCCCAGUGCUCAUUGGUACUCGGCUAUUCCCAAUAGCUGGGUUACCCUGGUGCUAUGCAGAUGUGUGAUCCCUGCCAUGCCACCCUCUUUCUCAGCUUAGCCACAGCCUUGCUCCAUUGCGCCUGUGUCUCUGCUCUCGAAUCUUCCAGUGGAAAUGGUCCAGAUCAUCCAGUGCCGCUCCUCCCUCCCUCCCUCUGCUGCUCAGGCUCUGUACUCUGCCUUGAAGUCUCAGGCAGGUGUUCAAAUAAAUAAUGCAGCUAAAAAUACCUUUUGGCAGCAGCUGGGAGUUGUUGCGAGCGGCACUGCCAGAGUGGUGGGAAUACAGCAUCCCGGCUCUUCAAGCAGGUGUGUCUGCAUGCUCUGGAAAAGUGAGAGCAAGCAUUGUGGGGACGAGGGUCUGUCUGCCUUCUGGGUCCACCAUGGCCCCACUGACAAAACAGAGCAAUGAUUCUGUCCUCCCUGGCUUUGAAGCAGGCAUCGUUUUGCCGAAGUUGGCUUUCAGUGGAAGGAUGCAGCCACCUGCAUCCUAGCUAGUGGAGAAGUGUCAUGGUUGCCCUCCACUCCAGCUGCAUCAGCAGGCAUUAGGAAACAAUUGUUUGUGCUGUGGUAGCAUCUCAAGCCAUUUCCCCUUGGAAAAUGGUUUGCAGGCUGGAUUGUGCAGCUGCCUUGGGCGAAGGAUGCUGAGCUCUUUCCAGCCAUCUUCAGAUACUGCAGGAGCACUAGGCAGCUCUGGCUUUUGGUCCAGUUCACUGGAAGUGACAGUUUUAAAAUCACCCAAAAAAUCCCUCUGCUGACUGCCCUUUCCUGGGGAGACAUCCCAGCUGAAGGUAAUUUCUGAUGGCUUUGACUCCUCCCUUUACCCACCUAGACCUGGCAGCCUGGAUCCCAGUGGGUACAGCAGGCUCCAUCUCCACUAGCACUUGUCUCCUGGCUCUUCUUGGAGACCUUUUGAGAACUCCCCUGGCAGCAAAUAGUUGUACGACAGCUUUAAUUAUUACAACAGGAACAUUGCUGGGGGCAGUUGGCCACAAAUAAAACUGACCUUGGUUUUCCCCUUACCCAGCUGAUAGCAAACCCUUUGCUGCGGGUCAGAGCUGCUCCCACUCCAAUGCACAGAGGAGGGAUGCUAGCCUGCUUUUCUCCAGUGCCCAUCCAUUUUGAGGGAAUGCUGGCCACUUUCUGUAUCAGCUGUGGACUUUUGGUGGGUUGUCCUUGUGUACCUCAGCUUGGAGAACAAAAUGUCUUGUUAAUGAGCCACAAAACACCCUUGCCAGAGUGCAAAGAUAGGGGUUGGGUAAGCUAGGAAUAUUCCUGAGCUACAUGCUUCUCAGGAGGCUGAGACCUGGUCCUGCUCAUAGUGCUGGCAGUAGCCUGUCAGCCCUGAAGUACUGGCUGCCCUUGCUUCGCCCUCCUCUCUAGGAGCAGGGUAAGAUGCUGGUGGGGCUGGCAUAGUGGCUGAGGGUCACCCAUGUUCUCAGUGAUGGAUCUGUGAUUCUUGAGUCCUGCAGUGCCCCUGCCUCACUGUGAUUUUGGCCAUGGCUCCUUUUGAGUCCUGAAACGAUGAAGCCAAAUGAUGUGCUGGAAAACCUUUCUGACUCCAAGGGAGAUGCUGUCUAGGAAUCACUGGCUGCUUUUACAUGCAUUUUGGGUGUAUUUGGCCUGUUUUGACAGCAGAAGUGUAAGCACAGUGCACAGUCAGCUAGGGGUUGGACAGCUUUUUGAGUGAAAACGUGUUUCAGCAGUUGUGUGGUGGUCCAGCUGUGGUGCAGUGGCCUAGUGCCUGCCCGUACAAGAGCAACCGCAGUGACUUAUCUCAGUCCCCAGGGCUGGGCCUUUUGCUGUGGCUCAACAGCCGGCUGCCGGCCCGUGAAAUGCAAUCAGAGCUAUGCGGAUGCCACGAGCCAGGGCAAGCUGACUCUUCCCAUCUCAUCCCACAGAGAACAAACAGAGCUCAAGUGCUGAGCAUCCGAGGAGCGCAGGAAGAGGAGCCCACGGAUCCCCAGCUGAUGCGGUUAGACAACAUGCUCCUGGCCGAGGGGGUAGCAGGCCCCGAAAAAGGAGGUGGCUCAGCCGCUGCUGCAGCUGCUGCUGCAGCAUCAGGAGGAGCUGGCUCUGACAACUCAGUGGAGCACUCUGACUACAGAGCCAAACUAUCCCAGAUCCGGCAGAUCUACCACACGGAGCUGGAGAAGUACGAGCAGGCAUGCAAUGAAUUCACCACCCACGUGAUGAACCUGCUGCGUGAGCAGAGCCGGACCCGACCUAUCUCACCGAAGGAGAUAGAGCGGAUGGUGAGCAUCAUCCACCGCAAGUUCAGCUCCAUCCAGAUGCAAUUGAAGCAAAGCACGUGUGAAGCUGUCAUGAUCUUGCGCUCCCGAUUUCUGGAUGCACGGCGGAAGAGACGAAACUUCAACAAGCAAGCUACGGAAAUCCUGAAUGAGUAUUUCUAUUCCCAUCUCAGCAACCCUUACCCCAGUGAGGAAGCCAAAGAAGAGCUAGCCAAGAAAUGUGGCAUCACAGUCUCACAGGUAUCAAACUGGUUUGGAAAUAAGAGAAUCCGGUACAAGAAGAACAUAGGUAAAUUUCAAGAGGAAGCCAAUAUUUAUGCUGCCAAAACGGCUGUCACGGCUACCAAUGUGUCAGCCCAUGGAAGCCAGGCUAACUCACCCUCAACUCCCAAUUCAGCUGGUUCUUCCAGUUCUUUUAACAUGUCAAACUCUGGAGAUUUGUUCAUGAGCGUGCAGUCUCUCAAUGGGGAUUCUUACCAAGGGGCCCAGGUUGGAGCCAACGUGCAGUCACAGGUGGAUACCCUUCGCCAUGUUAUCAGCCAGACAGGAGGAUACAGUGAUGGACUCGCAGCAAGUCAGAUGUAUAGUCCGCAGGGCAUCAGUGCUAAUGGAGGUUGGCAAGACGCUACUACCCCAUCGUCGGUGACCUCCCCCACAGAAGGCCCUGGCAGCGUUCACUCUGAUACCUCCAACUGAUCUCCCAGCAAAUUGCAUCCCUGGCUGAGCCAGUCCCGGCGGGGCAGGAGGGGAGGGGGCCUCUCCUAACACCGCAGCAGUCAGACUGGAGGUGAACCCAAUCAGCACACACAAGAAGACUCCUUCUCUUCUCUCCUCUUCGUCGGGAUGCUUUUUUCAGCCAAUCUGGACACUUCUUUAUACUCUCUUCCCUUUCUUUUCUGGGUAGAAGCCGCUCCCUCCCUGCCACCGCCACAACACCACUCCCUUCCCCUUACCCUUUCCCACCGAAGGAUAUGUCAACAGGUAGAAGGAUUUUAAGGAGGAAAAGCAAAAAACAACUGCCACCACACAAAACAACCCCAAAGCAGUGUACAGCCUCAUGCUGGGCAUCUUUCUGAGGAGCCACAAAUGUACCUCUGUCAUUUCUCACUCCUUUACUAGCAGGCAGCCUCCCUUACUCCUCCUGUCUCAUGCUACCUCUCCGUAGGGAAACGCCACCGCAGCCCUGCUGCCACCUCAUCUGCGCCGGCCCUGGCCACAGCCAGCACCUCGCCUCCCUGCGCCCAGCCCUGCUUCGGUGAGCUGACCGCUGUGCACUGCUGGUGAUGGGUGGGUGGACACAGCCCCUGUGCGUGUAGAAGAAGUCAGCAUGCUUCCCUUUGCUUCCAAAAGGUACCAGCGCAUUCCCAGCCCUGGGUAAACUGACAGCACUUCCUGGUCCCUGCCCUGCCCUGCCACAAAUCUCACUGGCUGCUGUGGGCUGAAUGAGCCAUGAAACCCUCCAUCCUCUCUGCCUGCUGUUGGAGGGGAGGAGAGGAGAGAAGGAAAUGAGGCAGAGGCAGGUGAGAAAUGACCGUCACUAAUUGCGAAGGCACUGAGCACCUCCACGGUGGUGUACACUAAUCAGUUUUCUCACAGCACCUAGGGAGGCUGGUGGUGGAUGUGUUCCUGGCAGUGAAAGCGUCACGGAUUGUUUGCAUGUGUUUCUGGGACCGUGCCACACUGCAAAAGAGGAGGAGGUGGGUUCCCCAGUGCAGGCAAGACCCUCAGAGGAUGGUGGCACCUGCUGUAUUCCCAAAGCCCUGCCAGGCAAGCAGCAAGGGUUGGGCAGCAGGAUUCAAGGGGCUUGAUGUGGUGGGGUGAGCACAGUGGGUGCUUUCAGUAAUGGUUAAAGCAACAGCUCUGUAGGACAAGGGGUGCCCCUCCUGGGGGUAUCUUUCUGAUAAAGCUCCUGGUUUUAUCCCAGUUAUUCUGGACAGUGGCAUUCGAUACCAUAGGAAAACUCAUGGGAUUUUCUGUCCAGAUUUUUCUGGUCUGCUCUUUGAAAAGCUGGUGAUGGCUGAAACACUCCUUCAGGCAGCUGAUGCUGGGAGAACAUGGCUUUCAUUGAAGAACAGGGUGAGGAGGCACCAGUCUGCCCCUGGCAAUGGGCUGAGCUUCAUGCCAUAGUCGUACUUUUGGCCACUGGUUCUUCCAGUGGAUGCGAGCAGGUUCAGCUGUCUUGUGGCAAGAUCCUGGGUGUCAUAGGGGUCACUGUGGGUGCAGCAUAGAUAGCACCUUGUAAUGGAUCUGAAUACCUCUUGGCUACAUCUCAUGCACUUGCGCAUCCAUGCCCACCCUGCCAGUGCUGAGCAGCCUUAAGCAGGAACCACAUAAAAUUACAGCUCUGCCAAAAAAAUUUCUACCCUUCUGGUGGAAAAAACGAUGGUUGGCCUGCAGGCCACAGCGGUGGUGUGCCCACAGCUCUGACAUGCUGUCGCCUUGCAGCUUGGGGCCAGCAGUGUGACUCGCCUGAAGUGGAGAUGAAGCCUGCCUUUCCAUGGGGAACAAGCCCAGAAGGCUUCAAAACAUCUGCUCUGAAAUUUAUGACCUUUCCCCAGAUAUGAGAGGUGCCAAUUCAUUAGAUUUUCUCCUUCUGAGCAGGUGGGGUCAGAGCAGGAUGCAAAAGGUAGAUGAGAAACAGCACAAGCUGCCUUUUGCUUUUUUUUUUAUAUCUCCAGUUGAAACAUUCUGUUCCUUUCAGACCUAUGUCUGGGGUUGGGGGCUGUGUUGCAGAGCAUAAUGCAACAGGUGAGGUCUGGGGCUGCUUCCCAGCUGGGAAUAUCUUAAGAGCAAUGAGAAGCUGGUUUCUCCAAGAGAAUGGUUAGGAGGUGUUGCACAUCUUCCCAAGCUGUGCACCUUCCUGCUCUCCUCCUCCCGUGGCUUCCCCCAGUGCAGCCUUUUCACCAUUUCUGGGUUAUUUUAUAUGAAACCAUUCUGGCAAAGCAUUUCAGGGAUACAGGACUGGGUCAGGUCUGUUCUGGGGAGUGGCAGCAGUGCUGUGCCUGUGGGAAUGCCGUGGUACCUCUUGGAAAUAAACCGGGAACAAUCCAGAACCACCCGCUGACUGGAGCCGGCCCACGCCAGGGCUGCCUUCCCCUGCCCUGCAACUGCUGCCCCUCCUGCCUGCACUCCCUGCCCACAGCACCCCUGUUGCGGGCAGGGUGCUUGCUCCUCCAUGGUACUUUGUGGAUCACCUCCUGGGUUCCCUAGUUGGUCCCUCUGGUUUGUGUUGGCGUAGCUGCUUGCUUGCCUUUUCCUUUGCUUUCUUUAUUUUUGGGUUUUGUUUCUCCUCCCCUUUCACCCCUUCCCCCAGCCCCAAGUGUUGUGGGGUUUUUUCUCUUUCUUUUUUAAUUUUUUUUUCUGCCCAGAAAAACCUGACUUCGAUACCAAAAAAACAAAACAAAAAAAAAAAAACAAAAACAAACAAAAAACUAUCAAAAAACCUGCAGAAACAAAAAAAAAAAAAAAAAGAAAAAAAAAGCCACAAAAAAAACUCGACGAUUCUUUCAGCUUUAUUAACAUUUUCCAUUGUUUCUUGCGAUUUGUGUCUCGUUCUUUGUAGUAUUGAUGAUAACGAACAUUUGAUAAUGAAUGUUCUUGUAUAUUCAGAUAAAGGAGAAAAAAAACAAACCAAAAACGCAGUCGGAAUUUAAUAGUGUUUAUAAUAAAGAAUAAAAAAUGACCCUCUUAGCACGCAAAAUUGAACAGGGGGAAGGUCCCAUCCCUGUUCUUUCUGUGGCAACAAGCGCUUCAUUCCUGUAUAGUUUAUAACAUCGAACUACCUACAUUCAUCUUUUUUUUGUUUGUUUGUUUUUCCCAUUAUUUUUUUCCAUUUUCUCGCAUUUGUGAAUUAGUUCAAGAAUGCUAGAAAAAUGUAGAGUUGUGCACACUCAUUUCUUCUUACACAAUGUUUAAAAAGUGACAGUAAUUCAUUUUGUAAAACUUUAAAAAGAAAAAAAUGGUUGGAAUAGUGAGCAUUAAUAGGUACAGUCUAACACUUUAUGUUUCUUAACGUUGAGACCCAGAAAUUACCUUUUUUUUGGCAUUAUUUGAGGGGGGUGUUGGGGCUUUGAUGAUGAUGCUGAGUUUAUUUUGACCUGUCUGAGACAUCGGCCUUGCUGCUUCCCCUGCGCUUUUGAGCUGUGCCCCAAGUGAUGUGAAAAGUGAUGGUGGUGUUUGGGGGGGGAAUUGUCUCUCCUCCAGGAGGCCCCCACUCCUUUUGAUACCCAACCCAGAAGAUCCUUAGGCGGCUGCUUUGGGGCUGAGUUGGGGAGUUACGUCUCCAGAGAAGCAUGUAGUCCCGUGGGGUUUUGGCGAGUAGAUGCUGUGGGGUAAUGGGGAGUCAGGUGCUGAGCUGCUUGGAAGUGAUGAAAGGGCAUGAAUCCUCCCCCAAAUAUGUAGACAGUGGGCUUCAAUGCUUUCAUGCUCUGCCCUGAAUCCCAGUGGCACCCAAGGGUUUGCUGCAAGAGCCUGGGAUUGGAGGCACCCAUGAGCCCAACCACAGCUCUUGGCUGAAAAAUUAAUUUGGAGCAAGGAAGGUACCAACCUCGUUUCAGUCAUGGACCUUGUUGAGGAUGGGGUCUCACAGCCUAGCCCCAAGGCCCAGCGGCACAGGGUUGCUGGGCAAAAUAAGGGACAAGGGACAGGACAUGGCAGCCUCCCAGCCAUGGUGGGACACAGCCAAAAUGCCCGCCAAAUAUAGCCUGAAAUCUCAGUGGCUUCAGAGUGGGGUUCAAGGAGAAGUGCUAAGGAAGAUGCUAGUGGGCAGCACUUCAGUUUUCUCUUAAAAACAGGUUCCCUGUGCCCCUCUCCCCCCAAAAAAACAGCUUUUCACAUCACUGAACGGUUUAGGGUUUGGGGUAUAAUUUUUAAUCCCAAGGUUUCCUGGAGUCCUUUUGUUUUCAUACACCUUUAUUAUUAUUAUUAAGACUAUGUAAAUCAGACGUUGCCGGGGGGGUUGGUUCUGUCGGUUUGCUUUUUUUGUUCUUGCAAAGCCCUUUCUAUCCCUUGUAAAGAUGAUCCAAUUGUUCUGAGUUGCUUUUUCUUUUCUAUUUUUUCCCCCAUUUUUUUUUCUCUACCUAAUGAAUUCCAAAUAUUUAAAAAAAGAAAAAAAAAAAAAAAAAAGAAAAACCCUAAAAAAAACACCUCUGUUCCGACCUGGUUUUGAAACUUUAAGCUUUUCUGCUUCUGUAAAGAAAAAAAAAGGCCUCUGUCUUUCUGAUCCCAAUUGAGACUUUUAUGUUCUAUGACGAUACUAACAAGGUGUAGGUUUUACAGUUUCCUGAUUUGUACUGGUAAUGCAUAUUCCAAAUAAAUAGUUUCUUUUGUUGCAAAAAAAAAAAAAAAAAAAAAAAAAGAAACCAAA